UACAGCGAAAAAAACUAUUCGGGUGCUAAAAAAAUCUCCUAAUCAUGCCACUUUUAUUUGAGGCAUUUAUUUAUUUAUUGAUUGGUGCUGUAAGUGCCUCACUUACCACCGACUACUAUCAAAAACUAAUAUCUCAAGAAACUGCAAAAUCACUCACAUACGAGCUGCCCAAAAAGAACGAGGAAUUCAGAUCGGGAUUCGAAUCUAACGAAAUAAACGACUAUGGUAUAUACGACGUGGUCAUAGUCGGAGCGGGAACAGCUGGGUGUAUUCUAGCUACUAGACUAUCCGAAAUUCGAAAAAUUAGUAUUCUUUUAAUAGAAGCCGGAGGCGAAGAAAACGACUUCAAUCAAAUCCCUGGGAUGUGGCCCUACAAUCAAUUUAGUGAAUUUAACUGGGGUUAUUAUACCAUACCACAAAAACACUCCUGCUUAGGGAUGAAAAACAGGCAAUGUAUCGUUCCUCGAGGUAAACUACUGGGUGGUAGCAGCUCGAUCAACGCUAUGAUGUACUGCAGAGGCAACUGCAAAGACUACGAUAAAUGGUAUCAACUAGGAAACCGAGGAUGGUCCUGCAAAGACGUUCUACCCUACUUCAAAAAAUCCGAAAACUCACAAAUCCAUGGUGACAAAAACUACCACGGCAAAGGGGGUUUCUGGAACGUCGAGUACCCGCGACCAGACUCACCACUAUACCAAAAUUUCGUUAAUGGCAGUGUAGAACUCAAACAACCGAUUGUAGACUAUAAUGGCAAAAACGAACUUGGAGCAUCACACCUACAGUCUAAUAUCAAACAUGGAAAAAGACAAAGUCUUGCAACUGCGUUUCUCGAUAACAGUCGACAGCGCAGAAACCUUAAGAUUCUAACUAAGACACUAGUGACUAAAGUCGUCAUUGAUCCAAAAUCAAAAAAAGCAACCGGUGUUGAAUUCGUCACAAGCAACAAAAAAUUCCACGUACGAACUACGAAAGAAGUUAUUGUUUCUGCGGGUGCUAUAAACACACCGCAGCUAUUGAUGUUGUCAGGGGUUGGACCAAAAGAUGAGUUAAGCAAACUGAAGAUUCCAUUAAUCGCAGAUCUACCAGUUGGGAAAAAUCUAAUAGAACAUCCACUUCUUGUCUUGAUGGUUCGUUCAGACUACGCUGCACCCAAAGUCGGUAUUAAUAAAUUGAUCCAACAAUAUUUGAAUGGUUUUGGUACGUUAACGAAAGGACCAAAUGUGGAGGGCGUUGGUUACAUACAAACCAAAAACGAUUCCAGCGAAGUACCUACAAUAGAAAUUUUGUUUUCAGUGCCCCCUCACAUCGACACUUCUAUUUUCAAGCGAGAAUUCAACCACAACGAAGACAUCAACAACAAGUUAAUCGAUAAAAUCGACCCACAAAAAGACAUAUUUUUCUACAUAGUACUACUUCACGAGAAAUCUAGAGGACGAAUUUUCUUAAAUUCAAGCAGUCCGAUUGAUUUUCCACACAUAGAUUUAAACAUGUUGGAAGGACGGGAGGACGUGGAAACUUUGAUUGCAGGGAUGGAGUAUAUCCAGAAGCUGUUGAAAACCGAAGCUUUCAAAAAAAUUAAUGCAACUUUACUGGAAGUUCCUAUCUGCACUAAUUUCAAAAUUAAUUCUAAAGAGUACUCGGAAUGUUUACUUCGUAACUUAGUCGCCACUAUUUACCACCCCUGUGGAACAGCAGCGAUGGGACCAAACAAUGGACAUUUUGUUGUUGGGGAUACUUUGCAAGUGCAUGGAACUGGAAAUUUGAGGGUUGUCGACGCUUCGAUUUUCCCAUCGUCAAUUUCUGGACACACAAGCGCACCCACAGUCAUGGUAGCGGAAAAAGCUGCUGAUCUUAUUAAAAAAGAGCACAAACAUCUUUAA